UGCCGCACAUUGCAUGACCAAAAGGUCCCGAGCGCCUCAGUCCGUUUUCCACUUCAGGAGUUGAUCAGGUAGGCCGGCCGUGACCACCACCAGUAGUGACUAGUGAGUGGGUGCCAUGGACGACCUGCUCUCCCCGUGCUCAUCCUUGUCCCCGACCUCGUCGCCGUCCUUCUUCUCCCAUGCCGGCCACUACCCGAUCAUCGAGUUCACCUCCUGCGAGGUCCCCGAGCAAUGGCUGCUCGGCGACGUCGUCAUGGCCAAGAACGAGGCCGGAUACGACGACGGGGACGACCUGUGGCCCGUGGGGAGCUCCCUCUCGCCGGACUCCGAGCUCUCCGAGCAGGAGCCGAGCGCCUGCACGGUCCCGGCGGCUCAGCGCCCGGGGAAGCGGCGGGGCCGGAAACCCGGCCCCCGCCCAGAGGGCCCCACCGUGAGCCACGUCGAGGCCGAGCGGCAGCGCCGGGAGAAGCUGAACCGCCGGUUCUGCGACCUUCGGGCCGCCGUGCCCACCGUGUCGCGCAUGGACAAGGCCUCCCUCCUCGCCGACGCCGCAGCCUACAUCGCGGAGCUCCGCGCCCGCGUCGCGCGGCUCGAGGCCGAGUCCAGGCGGGCCGCCGCCGCGAGAUGGGAGCCCGUCGUCGCGGCCUCCUGCGUUCCCCCGGGAGCGCCCGGCCACGGCGACGAAGCCGUGGAGGUGCGGAUGCUCGGGCCCGACGCGGCGUCGGUGCGCGCGACGAGCGCGGCCCCGCACGCGGCCGCGCGUCUGAUGGGCGCGCUCCGCUCCCUGGAGCUGCACGUCCAGCACGCCUGCGUCACCCGCGUGCACGGCUUGACCGUGCAGGACGUCGUCGUCGACGUGCCCGCCCAGCUUCAGGACGACGACGGCCUCCGCGCCGCGCUGGUCCAGGUGCUGCAGGAGCAGGACAGCGGCUAGCCACAGCUCGACCGCGGAUCGAGCCCCUCGACCUCCUUCCCGUCCGUACCGUCACAUCGUCAGUUCUCGGGUCGCGUACGAGCAGCGCUAAAAUGGAUCGGAGCGGAUCAAGGUAGGUAAUGCUAAUGUUGAUUAAGAGGGUGGUGAAACAUGAUGGAAUAUUGCGUGGAUGUCGUCGUCUCCGCCUGUUCCAUGGAAUAAAAAGUGUUUGCUGAUCAAGGGCUUGGAUCCAACAUCAUCUCACGAUCCAUCCAAAUGGUGGUGCCGAAUAACGAUUGGCCAAGUGUACGUACGUCUGUCAACCGUGUGUGUAGUAGUACUCUACUUAUUGUAGUGUGUAUGUGUUGCUAGGUUAGUAUAUAUGGAUUUGCAUUGAUAUAUGAAACCUGAGUUAU